AUGACCACUCUCGCCUCUCGCUACCCGGCGCCUGCCCAGUCCAACACCAUGGCACCACACUACCGCAUACCCGCGACCAACAACGGCGUCUUCUCCAGUCCGACCGAAUCCGAAUUCUCAUACAAGGACGCCAAGGAAUCAGUGCUGGACUGGGACGAGGCGAGGGUUGCCGAGUGGUUGAGGAGUAUCAACUGCAGCGAAUAUGUCGACAUCUUCAAGAAGAACCACAUCAACGGCGAGAACCUCAUGGACAUGGAUCAGGCUACUCUGAAGGAGAUGGGCGUCAAGAAGGUGGGAGAUCGAGUACGGAUUGGCACACAGGCCAAAGUGUUCAGGAAUAAUGUCUACAAACGGACCAGCAAACGCAACAUUAAUAGGCACUCCCUAGCGGCCCUCGAUGGGAACACCCAACUAACACCUCCGUCGUCUGGUUCGCCCAGGCCACUACAUUCAGCCCGCUCAGGUACCACGUCUCGUGCUGACAAACGAAUAUCGAGGCAGUACAAUGGCGCCGAAAUCGCCUAUGCUGCCCAUCUUGGAGCCAAGUCGAUAUCGAGACCCAGCUCGCCUAUGAUCGACCAAGAGAACCGGGCAGCCAGGGGUCAACGCCAUGGAGCCCCGAGCCCGAUGGAAAGCUCAAGGAAGGAGAAUGGCUCCACCUACUUUGGCCCGAAUGCUGCAUCCACCGCGAGGUUUACGGGUAAUGCCCGAGCAAUCGAGACGCCGCAAACAGCCCGCUUCCACGUCAAGGCCUCCCCUUCUCUUGACAACCUCAACGUCUCGGCAAGCGCAUUGCCCGCCGACAAGCCGCUCAUCAAAGUCAUCUACGAAAACGGUCGCUACUCCGUCAUUAGUAUUGACGGGUUUCGAACCGCAGAGGACAUAAUACGCAACACGCUUCGUAAAGGAGGCUUGAAUGAAAACCACUUCAGAUCCUACUGCUUUUACGUACUUGACGGGACAGACCCCAACCCAACAUUUUGUCGACGGUUGGGUGAGGCCGAGCUUUGCAAGCUGUGCAAUGAUGGUGUCAGAAGUGAGCGAGGGCGGCUGAUUCUACGAAAGAUCCACGCAGGCGAACCAGAGGGCGAGCAACUCAGGACUGCCGCGCGAAUUGCAGCACAACAGCAACCAGAGCCUCCUGCUAUCGAAGUGCAGCAGCCAUUCAAGUCCAAGAGUCAGCUCAAGAUCGAAAAGCUGACCGGCGAGCCACUGGCCGCAGUGACUUACCCUAUGAGUCCUGCAAGCCAGCAGGAGAGAAAUGACUACUUUCAGACGCAAUCGAGCGGAGUGCAGCGAAAUGUUAGCACCAAUUCGACUGCCUCAGCUCGUGCGAGAAAACUCAAAGACUUCUACGGCGCUCGACCACCAACAGAACUCAUCACACAAGACUUGCAGUCCUACUUUCCCGAGGUUGCCAAAGAGGAAAUGGAUCGAACAGUACGCAUGUCAAUACGACGAAGUCGCCGGCUCAGUCGCGCGGUGAGGACUAUGAGCAUGGCGAGCAACUUCAGCGUUGCUAGCAGCUUGAAAGAUGCACCGCCACUGCCAACCAUCGCAGAUACAUGGCUAAAGGAUGCUGGUGGACAGCAGAAGUCUGGCCUUCGACCUCUAAGUGUAGUUCGUCUGGGCCGGUCAGACUCCCACAGAGAAUCGGUCACCAGCAGCGUCCUCGAGCCUCUAGAUGAAGAAUCACCACUCGAGCCAAACAGGAAGAGCUAUGUGUCCUUCGGAGGCGACAGUGGCUCAGACACCACGACCAGCAACCUGGCGAUCACAGACCCGGAAGGCCAGACCAUCAUGCAUUCAUACUUUGACGAUGCCGGUAGCAGUCCAGUUCCUACCGAAGGUGGCAGCGACAGCCUCAACUCUCGCCUCUCACGCUUCAUUGCUGAAGACGGCGAAGAGUCGGAUGAAGAACUGAUGCAACAUCUUGAAAACAGCAACUGGGACAACCUGAAGUAUAUGAAAGGUGCUUUGAUCGGACAGGGCUCGUUCGGCACCGUGUUCCUCGCCUUGCAUGCCGUGACAGCAGAACUCAUGGCUGUCAAGCAGGUGGAAAUGCCUUCCAACAGCGGAACAACCAUGGACGCCAAGAAGAACAACAUGAUCGAAGCUCUGAAGCACGAAAUCAGUUUGUUGAGGGAUCUGAAGCACGAGAAUAUUGUGCAGUAUCUCGGUUCCAACAGCGACGAGAAGAACCUCAACAUUUUCCUGGAAUAUGUUGCUGGCGGUUCGGUGGCUACUAUGCUCGUCAACUACGGUUCGCUGCCCGAGGGUCUCAUCGCCAACUUUGUCCGUCAGAUUUUGCAGGGUCUGAACUACUUGCAUUCAAAGGACAUCAUCCACCGCGACAUCAAAGGAGCGAACAUCCUCGUGGACAACAAGGGUACCGUCAAGAUAUCUGAUUUCGGCAUCAGCAAGCGCGUCGAAGCUUCCACCCUCCUCAACCCAACACCACAUCUCAAGCGUGGAGGCCCUCGUGUCUCGCUUCAAGGCUCCGUCUUCUGGAUGGCACCCGAAGUGGUUCGCCAAACCGCCUACACCAAGAAAGCCGACAUCUGGAGUUUGGGAUGCCUGAUCGUGGAGAUGUUCACCGGAAGCCACCCACAUCCAAACUGCACCCAACUCCAAGCCAUUUUCAAAAUCGGCGGCAGCGGCAACAACGCCGACAACGCCCGCCCCGACAUGCCGGACUCAGCGAGCGAGGAUGCCAAGGAGUUCUUGAAGCAGACUUUCGAGAUUGAGCACGAGAAGAGACCGAGCGCUGAGGAGCUCAUUCAGAGCAAGUUUGCGAACGCGCGGACUUGA